CCUGACCGAAAGUGGCCGCCAGGUGGCGUCUCCAGGACGCGAUCCCGAUUCCAAAUCGAUGAGAUAGGUGCUCCCGCAUCCCGAUUGUUCCACGCGCUCCCAGACUGCGACCCCGCCCCCUUCCGCGGAUAGGCGGACGCCCGGCGCUGACUGAGUCCCGGGGAUGCCGCUGUCGCUGAUGCAGCAGCCGCGGCUCAGGCUGGGAACCGCUGCCGGGAGAGACACUGUCGUCGCCGCCGGAGCACGGUUACCGUGACAACGAGGACUCCGUUACAGUGAGCGGCGUGUGAUCCCCAAGCAGCCCGGUGUGCCCCAUGCCAGCCCUGGCCGGGCAGUGACACCUCCCGCAGCAGAGACACCGGGGAGAGCUGCUGAGAUCGGGCCGGCCCGCUGCUGCCAUGCUGAUGAUGGAUCUAUCUCCCGGAGGAGACUCCUUACACAGCGGCUUUCACAGCUUCCCGGACCGGGACUCCCUCCCCGAUGACUUGGACUCUCCCUGCGGAGGAACAGCGGGAGCCGGCGGGAUUCUGGAGCGGAUCCUGAUGGAGUCGGUGUGCCAGCAGCAGGGCUGGGUGCGGGUGUACGAUGUGAAGGGACCCCCCACUCACAGGCUGUCAUGCGGCCAGUCGCCCUACACUGAGAGCACCACAUGGGAGAGGAAGUACUGUAUCCUGACCGAAAGCCAGCUGGUGCUUCUCAACCGAGAAGACGAGAUGUCUGGUGAAACCGUGCAGGACCCACCUCCGGAAUCCAGCAAGAGUCGGAGCCUCCGCAGGACAGUGAGUGUCCCCUCAGAGGGGCAGUUUCCAGAAUACCCGCCGGAGGGUGCCUCAAAGCUGGAGGUGCCAGCCGAGAGGUCACCACGAAGGAGAAGUAUUUCGGGGACCAGUACAUCUGACAAGGCCAAUUCCAUGGAUCCUGCAAACAGCUCCCCAUUUAAAGUCUCUGGCUUCUUCAGCAAACGUCUUAAAGGCUCUAUCAAGAGGACAAAGAGUCAGUCCAAACUGGACAGAAACACAAGCUUCCGCCUGCCGUCAUUGCGUCCUGCAGAGAGUGACAGAUCACGUGGGUUACCUAAACUAAAAGAGUCCCGUUCCCAUGAGUCCUUACUGAGUCCAGGCAGUGCUGUGGAGGCUUUGGAAUUGGGGACAGAAGACAAGAUCCUGGUGAAGCCAUUGCACAGCAGCAUUUUGGGGCAAGACUUCUGUUUUGAGGUUACUUACGCCAGUGGCAGUAAAUGCUUCAGCUGCUCCUCCGUAGCAGAGAGAGAUAAGUGGAUGGAAAACCUACGGCGAACAGUCCAGCCCAACAAGGACAAUUGCCGGCGUGCAGAAAAUGUGUUGCGGUUGUGGAUCAUUGAGGCCAAGGACCUAGCCCCCAAGAAGAAGUAUUUCUGCGAGCUUUGUCUAGACGACACCCUCUUCGCUCGCACCACAAGCAAGACAAAAGCAGACAAUAUAUUUUGGGGAGAGCACUUUGAGUUUUAUGGCUUGCCUUCUCUCCACAAUAUUACUGUGCAUAUCUAUAAGGAUGUAGAGAAGAAAAAGAAGAAGGAUAAAAACAAUUAUGUGGGGUUAGUGAACAUACCCAUGGCCAGUGUGACUGGCAGACAGUUUGUGGAGAAGUGGUACCCAGUGAGCACACCUACCGCCAACAAAGGCAAAACCGGGGGACCUUCCAUACGUAUCAAGUCCCGAUAUCAGACCAUCACUAUUCUACCCAUGGAGCAGUACAAGGAGUUUGCUGAAUUUAUCACUAUAAACUACACUAUGCUGUGUUCUGUGCUGGAGCCAGUGAUCAGUGUCCGGAACAAGGAGGAGAUGGCCUGUGCUCUCGUGCACAUUCUGCAGAGUACCGGCAGGGCCAAGGACUUCCUAACUGAUCUGGUUAUGUCCGAGGUAGACCGAUGUGGCGACCAUGAUGUCUUAAUAUUCAGGGAAAAUACACUUGCCACCAAAGCCAUUGAGGAAUAUCUGAAAUUGGUUGGGCAGAAAUACCUUCACGACGCUCUUGGGGAGUUUAUCAAGGCUCUGUAUGAGUCAGACGAGAACUGCGAGGUGGAUCCCAGUAAAUGUUCGUCAAGCGAGCUUACUGAGCACCAGAGUAAUUUAAAGAUGUGCUGUGAGCUGGCUUUCUGUAAGAUCAUCAAUUCCUACUGUGUUUUUCCCAGGGAGCUAAAAGAAGUGUUUGCAUCUUGGAAACAGCAAUGUAUUAACAGAGGGAAGCAGGAUAUCAGCGAGAGGCUGAUCAGCGCAUCCCUCUUCCUCCGAUUCCUCUGCCCGUCAAUCAUGUCCCCUAGUCUCUUUGGCCUAAUGCAGGAAUAUCCUGAUGAUCGCACCUCACGGACUCUGACGCUCAUUGCCAAGGUCAUCCAGAAUCUUGCCAACUUUGCUAAAUUUGGCAAUAAGGAAGAAUACAUGGCCUUUAUGAAUGACUUUCUGGAGCACGAGUGGGGUGGAAUGAAACGUUUCCUUCAGGAGAUCUCCAAUCCGGAUACCAUCUCCAACACGCCAGGCUUUGAAGGUUACAUUGACUUGGGCAGGGAGCUGUCUGUCCUGCACAGUCUCCUGUGGGAAGUGGUGUCUCAGCUAGAUAAGGGUGAAAAUUCCUUCCUACAGGCCACCGUGGAAAAACUGGGACCGCUACCUCGCAUCCUCGCUGACAUCACCAAAUCACUGACCAAUCCCACUCCCAUCCAGCAGCAGCUCAGACGAUUCAGUGAACACAGCUCCACCCCUAAUGUAAGUGGCAGCCUAUCAUCUGGACUUCAGAAGAUAUUUGAGGACCCUUCUGACGGUGAACUUCUCAAGCUGAAGUCUCCGAUCAUUGAAAACACAGACAACUACUUCAGGGGGAAAACAUUGCUGCUUGUACAGCAAGCAUCUAUCCAAAGCAUGUCUUACUCUGACAAAGAUGAACGAGAGAAUGUACUGCCCAACGGGCGCAGCGUGUCCUUGAUGGACCUGCAGGACUCUACUGUAAAUCAUAGCGAGCAUUCCUCUGUUGUCCAGGAGCCACCCUUGCGUUUAACGGGCAGCCAGUUGUCUGUUGCACAUGUAGCUACCAUCAAGCAAUUACGAGAAAACCAGAGCACACCACAAAGUGCUCCACAAGUUAGGAGACCCUUACACCCGGCCUUGAGUCAGCAGAGUAGCUUGCAGCCCCUCUCUUUCCAAAACCCUGUGUACCACCUCAACAACCCACCACCCACCUUGCCCAAGGCAUCUGUGGACUCUAGCCUUGAAAACUUAAGCACUGCCAGCUCUCGAAGCCAGAGUAACAGCGAGGAGUUUAUCCUCAGUGGACCCAGCAAUAGUAGUAUGGAAGACUUCACUAAAAGGAGUUCGCAAAGUGAAGACUUCAGCAGGAGGCACACCAUGCCGGAGAGGCCCAUUCCUAUAGCACUGCCACGACAGAAUAGCACGGGGCAAGCCCAGAUCCGUAAGACUGACCAAGCGGCUCUUGGUGCCCGAGCGAAGGCCCCACAGUCCUUGCCGCACAGCGCUUCUCUACGCAGCACGGGCAGCAUGUCAGGCAUCUCUGCCACUCUGCUAGCUGAGCCUGUGCAGAAUGGGAACCGCUCCAGACAGCAGUCAACAUCUUCCCGCGAGAGCCCUGUACCAAAGCUACGAGCUAUACACCGCCAGCAGACGCAACAGGUCCAGUCACCUGUGGACUCUGCGACAAUGUCUCCUGUAGAAAGGACGGCUGCCUGGGUGUUAAAUAAUGGUCAGUAUGAGGAUGAGGAGGAAGAAACUGUGGACCAGAACAAGGAUGAAGCAAAACCUGCUGAAAAGUAUGAGCAAGAGAUAGCCAAGCUGAAGGAGCGAUUGAAGGUGUCCAGCCGUCGCCUGGAGGAAUACGAGAGACGGCUUCUGGUGCAGGAACAGCAGAUGCAGAAGCUGUUAAUGGAAUACAAGUCUCGGCUGGAAGACAGCGAGGAACGUUUGCGGCGGCAGCAGGAAGAGAAGGACAGCCAAAUGAAAAGUGUCAUCAGCAGGCUAAUAGCAGUAGAAGAGGAACUGAAAAAGGAUCAUGCGGAGAUGCAGGCUGUCAUCGAUGCAAAGCAGAAAAUCAUUGAUGCACAGGAGAAAAGGAUCAUCUCGCUGGAUGCAGCCAACACGCGGCUGAUGAGCGCACUGACGCAAGUGAAGGAGCGCUAUAGCUCACAAGUGCGGAACGGCAUCUCUCCUACCAAUCCCACCAAGCUAUCCAUUACAGAGAACGGAGAGUUCAAGAACAGCAGUUGCUAAUCUCCAGACAUGUACUCUGUGCCAUCUCUCAGUCCCCAAUGCUGCUAAACCAAAUGACUAGCGAGAAUCUGUGGAAGAAUGAUACCCAACAGCGCCUUUGCGACUAUGGAUGGACUCCCGCCAUACCGCAUUGUAUAUAGAACGUGACUGCAUUGUGUUCUGUACAGAAAGUCACAUGUAACAUACCAAAUAGAAGUUGAUAAUAUCUAGAUUUUUUUUUGUAUAUGUAUAAAAAAAAAAGGAAAAAAUAUGUAUUUUUAUUUGUGUUUAUCUUUCCAGUGACAGGAGUGGCGAACAUCAGAUAAAAUGUUGUAGCUGAAGGAGCUGUAUAUAUCUGUAGAAAUCACACCAAUACACAAAGAAUAUUGGUUAGAAUGCAGAGUAGACCAAUCGGAAACUGAUGGCGUGUGUAUUACCCCUGCUCGGUCUGCACACCGCUUCCUCCAGCGUUGGGGGCAUCAGCAAAAGCAUUUCUUCUGGUUGCAGAAGCUUUCAGCUGGAGGUAACGGAACACUAAUGGCUGUAAACUGAGGUCAUAAAAGGAUGGUCGGGACAUUUCUCCUGCCCUUGGCACCGUUUCCCAUCAAAGUAAUAUUUUUAGGAAGCUUUUGUUUUUGUUUGUUUUUAAAACAAAUGUUUUGGAGUUUACAGAUCUGUAAAUAUGUAUAUUUUGGUUGUAAAAUGAAAUUCUACACAUAUAUGAUGACAUUAUCAGCGUACACCAUCAAAGAGGGUGCAGGAAGGAGCUCACUGUUGGAAUUGUCACAAUGUUAGUACUAGUGUGCCCAAUGAGCUAGAUGUUUACCCCAAAGGGUGUAAUUCAAUAACAUAGCAUUUGGCCGCAGGACAGACCUGCUACUGAUGUAUGUACUUUAUAGAGUAAGCACUGAAGAUCUCUCUAUCUUAUAUAUGAGAUAGGGGAACACUUUGAAAUAAUAUUUUUUUUCAGGAUUUUAAGCUUAAGCUCCUACUGCCAGGGACGCCCAAUGUAUGUGUCCUGUAAUACUUUGCUGAACUCUGGCAGUUCCAGCUUUAAGCUCAGCUAUCACAGGUCAGAGGCCGAAGGGCAAUACUGCAGAUUCUGUGAGGUAUAUUGUAAAAUCUGUGGACACCCUGGUUGUUACAGAAUGUUCAAUGUUUUGCACCUGUUACUGAGGGGGUGGGGUGGGGGGGUAUAUAUAUGGGGAUUCGGGACAAUUGAAGUAGCCCAGCAUGUUGUGAAUCUUGUAAUGAAUGUAAACGCGAGUUUGGCCAAACUAAUAAUGUUGUUUUUUUGUUUUUUUUUGCUUCAGCGAUGAAUGCGUCUGAGGCAGCCAUUUUGUGGGUUGAAUCUUUUGUGCCUCAUGCUUCAGUGAUGUCGUUAUUUCCUAGUAAAUUGAUAGCCUGUAUUCUCACAGAUGUUGGUUUCACCCACAAAAUGGUUGCAUCCACUGUGUGUUAAGGGGUGGGGACACUUUAAGGACUUGUAUUUAUAUGUAAGGCCCACAUACAAAAUAAUUACAUAGGUGGGCAGUGACUGUAGACCGGAUUACCUGACUAUCUCCCCAAAUGCUUUUGUUUAUGGGUCCAAAUGUUCUUAUGCUUCUUAGCCACUUUUAAUACAUACAAUGAGGUAUAUUCAAUUGAAGUCGGAUCCAUUCCGACAUGCAUUUGUCGGAAUGGAUCCGACAACCCCUAUUCAAAUCUCAUCUCAAUUUGACUUUUCAAGUCGAAUUGAGAUGAGUGACCCAGAGGAGGAGAGGGGGGGGGGGGGGGAG